CUGCUGGACUGGUCUCUAAACACAGAAGACAUUUCCAGUCAGUUUCCGUUAACCAGCAGCUCGUUGUAGUCGUAAAGGCCAUAUAAAACCCUGGUUUGAGAAUAUAGUGCACCUGCAAAUAAUGGGAAGGAGCGUUGUGUACUCCAAUACCGCUGUCAGCUGUGCGUUUGUCGCACAGGCCCGUUAGGCUCGAGUUUGUUAGCGUUAGCCGCCUCAGCUGUCUUGCGCACUCGCUGAGGCAAAAUGGUGUUGUUGUUGAAUCCACUGGAGAAUCUGAAGACCUACAUAAGUAACCGUCCACCGCUGGUCAUUUUUAUGGUCAGCGUCAGUGCUGUGGCUAUUGCUUUCCUCACUAUAGGAUACUUCUUUAAGAUCAAGGAGAUCAAAUCACCUGAAAUGACCGAGGAUUGGAACACCUUCCUUCUCCGAUUCAACGAGCUUGACUUUUGCAUCUCGGAAAACGAGACCCUCAAGCACAGCUUGAAUGAGUCCAUUACACCAGAGAGCACAGUGACCAGUAGCCAGGCGCGAUCCAGCACGCAGUCGCCAGCCCUGCUGGAGGACCUCGGUCUGAUCAACAUCUCAGUGGCCAUCACAUUGACCCUGGAUCCACUGAGGCCAUUCGGCGGCUACUCGCGCAAUAUUACCCACCUUUAUGCCAGUGCGCUUGGGCAGCAGGUUGGCCUUGCUGGCAGAGAGGCCCAUGAAGAGAUGAACAUCACUUUCACUCUGCCGGCAGCCUGGAACUCAGAUGAGUGUGUUCUUCAUGGUCGCUGUGAGCAGAUGGUCUUCAGCACCUGUAUGACCAUCACAGCAGUCAGUAAUGUCUUCCCAGUCACAGUGCAGCCGCCUCACUGUGUCCCAGAGACCUACAGCAAUGCCACAUCCUGGUACAAGAUUUUCACUACAGCACGAGACUCGGACACGAAGUACACACAGGAGUACAACCCAUUCUGGUGUUACAAAGGUGCCAUUGGGAAGGUGUAUCACACACUGAAUCCCAAGCUCACUGUCAUCGUUCCAGAUGACGAUCGCUCUCUCAUUAACCUGCACCUCAUGCACACCAGCUACUUCCUGUUUGUGAUGGUCAUCACAAUGUUCUGCUAUGCAGUCAUCAAGGGCAGGCCUGGCAAAGUUCGACAGAACAACCCAGAUUUUUGUCCAGAAAAGGUGGCCUUGUCGGCGGGAUAAACAGGGUCAAAGGUGAACAUCUGAACCUAAGCAUAUCGGAAAGGGAAGUGAGAAAACUACAUGUUGCCUACUGAACCCAGGAGAAGGGUGCAAAAAAAAAAAAAAAGCUCUGUGAAUGCAUUUUUCUGCAAUGUUGGGUCACUCCAACCAAAGACUUUUAAGUGCCUGUAUCUACUGUGUAAAUAAUUCUAGGACUCUUAAAUUCAGUACAGAAGCAGUCUGCCUGAGCUUCCCCUGCACCCUGUGCCAUCCUGUAAAUGUUCAGUAUAUCCAGUACCAACAGAGGAAAGUGUUUGACUAGAGAUGAGGAAUAUCGCCUCCAUUAAAUUUGAUCCAUUCUCA